GUGCGUCGCGGCCUCCGCUACCCGACGACGCCGCCGCGGCCCGCGUCAUCUCCUUGGCUCGCCGCCUGCGCCGUCGUCGCGCCGGUCUCCGUCGCCGGGCGCCCUGCUGCUUCCAUCGCAUACUCUCGCCUCUGACCCCGAGUCCAUCUCCCCGUCCCGGCGUCGCCUCGGCCUCGACUCCCGUCUCCUCGAGGAGUUCGCCCCGUCGCCUGCGGCCGAUCUCCAUCCAUCCCGCGAGCGGCGGUGCGGUGUUCCUGCUGCUUCCGCCUCCGGGCGGGAGAGGGAGGAGCGGGUGACCAUGGUGAGCAUGGAGGUCACCGAUGAGAUGUUCAAGUGCAUGGAGGUUGGGCUGGCCUUCCGGGACUAUAAUGGAAGAAUCAGUUCUAUGGAUUUCCACAGCAAGGCUACAAAUUACCUCGUGACAGCAUGUGAUGAUGAAUCAAUUCGCCUAUAUGACAUUCAAAAUGCUGUGUGUUUGAAGACGAUUAAUAGCAAAAAAUAUGGGGUUGAGCUUGUGUGCUUCACUGAAAACCCAACUUAUGUCUUGCAUUCUUCAAAAAAUGGAUGGGAUGAUUCUCUCCGUCUACUCUCACUGGUCAAUAACUGUUUUUUGAGAUAUUUCAAAGGCCAUCUAGACAGGGUUGUUUCUAUCUCAUUGUGCUCUGAGAACGGGAACAUUCUCUCUGGUUCACUUGAUCGAACAGUUCUCCUAUGGGAUUCAAGGGUUGAAAAAGCACAGGGUUUGCUGCGUGUUCAGGGGAGGCCUGCAGUUUCUUAUGAUGAUCAGGGUUUGGUUUUUGCAAUUGCAUAUGGUGGCUACAUAAGGAUGUUUGAUGCUCGAAAUUUUGAGAAGGGGCCUUUUGAUAUUUUCUCUGUCGGUAAUGAUGAUUCAGAAGCCAAUGUCAUAAAGUUCAGCAGUGAUGGCAGGCGGCUUCUUUUAACCACCAAAGCUGGGCGUGUUCAUGUGCUAGAUUCAUUUCAUGGCAAUAAUAUAGCAACAUACAACGUGAAGCCAGUGGUAAGCAAUUCGACGCUGGAAGCAUCAUUCAGCCCUGAUGGAAACCAUAUAAUAUCUGGCUCUGGUGAUGGCAGUGUAUAUGCUUGGAAUGUUAGGAGUGGAAAGGUUGCUCGCUGGGGAAGCACAGAUAGUGAGCCACCGCUAAUUAGAUGGGCUCCAGGAUCUUUGAUGUUCUUGACUGCAUCUUCGGAACUGUCUUGUUGGGUCCCUGAUCUAUCUAAGCUGGGAUCCUUUACUGUUAGUAAGUAAUUCGAAUGGUACGAGUUGUUGUUUGUGUAUGCUCAGGCCUUUGUUCUAGCUGUUUGCAAAAUGACAAUGUUAGGUAAAAAUCUGAGCUGCAGUGGGUCAAGCCUCGGGUCAACCUAGUCCGGGCCAUCUGCAUAUCUUGAUCUUGCCAAAUUUUGGCUUUACCUACAAAUGGUAAGGGUUUUUUUGGCAAUAAA